CAUUCUCCUGUUCUUUACUUCUUCUUGUCACAUUUGCAGAGCUUCAAUAAUGUCGUUAAUGGCCUCCAUAAUUCGUCGGAAAAUUCAUCUACAUCGGCUGGCGCAAAACCACAUCCUCAUACACAGAAAUUCUUUAUCGUCAACAGCGGAAAAGAAAACCCAAUGCAUAGAGAAAAUUUUAAUUGCUAACAGAGGAGAGAUCGCUUGCAGAAUUAUGAGAACUUCGAAGAGACUGGGUAUCCGAACCGUUGCAGUUUAUAGCGAUGCAGAUAUAGACAGUCUUCAUGUAAAAUCUGCAGAUGAAGCUGUUCGACUCGGGCCACCUCCCGCUCGGUUGAGCUAUUUGAAUGCUUCGGCUAUUAUUCAAGCUGCAAUUCGUACUGGUGCGCAGGCUAUCCACCCAGGCUAUGGUUUUCUGUCAGAAAGUGCUGAGUUUGCUCAGCUAUGUGAAGAUGAGGGGCUUACAUUUAUUGGACCUCCUGCAUCUGCAAUAAGAGACAUGGGUGAUAAAAGUGCGUCAAAAAGGAUAAUGGGUGCAGCAGGGGUGCCAAUUGUUCCUGGAUAUCAUGGCAAUCAGCAAGAUAUUGACAUCAUGAAGUUGGAAGCAGAAAAGAUUGGAUAUCCUCUCUUGAUAAAGCCAACCCACGGCGGUGGAGGAAAGGGUAUGAGGAUUGUGCAAAGUCGAGAUGAAUUUGUUGAAUCCUUCUUGGGAGCACAACGUGAGGCCGCUGCUUCUUUUGGUGUUAGUACCAUUUUACUGGAGAAAUAUAUUACUCGACCAAGACAUAUAGAAGUCCAGAUAUUUGGGGACAAACAUGGUAAUGUUGUACACUUAUAUGAAAGGGAUUGCAGUGUGCAGAGAAGACACCAGAAAAUAAUUGAAGAAGCACCAGCACCAGAUGUUGUUAACGAAUUUCGCUCCCACUUGGGUGGAGCUGCUGUUUCUGCAGCUAAGGCAGUUGAUUACCACAAUGCUGGCACUGUUGAGUUUAUAGUAGAUACAGACUCGGGCAAAUUUUAUUUCAUGGAGAUGAAUACCCGUCUUCAGGUUGAGCACCCUGUGACUGAGAUGGUUGUAGGUCAAGAUCUUGUGGAGUGGCAGAUCCGUGUUGCAAAUGGAGAACCUCUUCCCUUGAGUCAGUCUCAAGUGCCCUUGAGAGGGCAUGCCUUUGAAGCUCGGAUAUAUGCUGAAAAUGUUCCAAAGGGAUUUCUCCCAGCAACAGGAAUCCUCCAUCAUUACCGUCCUGCCCCUGUUUCUCCAACAGUUCGAGUUGAGACGGGAGUUGAACAGGGAGAUGCUGUCAGCGUGCAUUAUGAUCCAAUGAUUGCUAAACUUGUGGUAUGGGGAGAAAGUCGGAAUGCUGCAUUAGUUAAGAUGAAAGAUUGCUUGUCAAAAUUUCAGGUUGCCGGCUUGCCAACCAAUAUCAAUUUCCUCCAAAAGCUUGCUAACCAUUGGGCAUUUGAAAAAGGUUUAGUUGAAACCCAUUUUAUAGAGCACUUUAAAAGUGACCUUUUCAUUGAUCCACAUGAUGCAAUAGUACAAAAGGAUGCAUAUAAUGCUGCUAGAUUUGGUGCUGCCUUGGUUGCUGCUUGUAUUUGCAAGGAGCAGACAACUUCAAAGGAAAGUCUUCCAGGGGGCAACAGUUUACUCUCAUUAUGGUAUGCUCAUCCACCUUUUAGGGUUCAUCACCCUGCAAAGCAUACAAUCGAACUUGAGUUAGACAAUGAAUAUGAUGCCAGCGGGUCAAAGCUUUUGAAGCUUUCUAUCACUUAUUUGCCAGAAGGGAACUAUUUUGUCGAGACAGGUGAUAGCGAUUUCCAUGGUUUGGAAAUCAAGGUCUUGCACCUAGGACACCAUGAUUUCAGAGUUGAAGCUGAUGGGUUACGCAUGGACAUUUGUUUAGCUGUUUAUGCCAAGGGACAUACUAACCAAAUUCAUAUAUGGCAUGGUAAGCAUCAUCAUUAUUUCAGACAGAGAAUAGGCCUUGAGCUGUCUAAUAAUGAUGAAUCUGACCAUAGACCAAGUUUGGAGAUAGCAUCCCACCCUCAAGGGACUGUGGUGGCACCUAUGGCUGGUUUGGUGGUUAAGGUAUUGGUUAAGAAUGGUGUAAAAGUGGAGGAAGGACAGCCUAUCUUAGUCUUGGAGGCAAUGAAGAUGGAGCAUGUUGUCAAGGCACCACGUGCUGGAAAUGUCCAUGGACUUCAGGUCACAACUGGCCAGCAGGUCUUCGAUGGUGGUGUUCUCUUUAGUAUUAAGGAUGAAUAGCAUCUGGCACUGAGAUCCUCUACCAAAACAAACCUUUAUCUGACAAAGCUCGUUUCGUGCUUCAAUGGGUUUUGGGAGUUGACUAAGCUCGGCAGCAUUACUGUGGUAUGAAAAUAAUUUACACUGAAGAUGUUAAAUGGUAUUUUCCCCCCUUUCUUACCCCAUUGAAAUCAAGGCUUGGGGAUAAGCUGUCACAAUUGUAAUGGAAGAAACCUUGUAUAUUAUUUCCGGUUUUUCAAUAAAAUUCUGGAUUAUGCAC